AUCAUGCAUCAUUCCUGUUCUUCCGCAGUCCUUCUCUCUCUUCUAAACAGUUACCUCGCCGAAGCUCGCCCAGCUCCACAGGCUAAUCCACCUCCAUGCCCGACGAUUGUGAAUUUACCAGAGGCAACUCUCACUCUUAGUCCAGGUCCAUCCAAUGUCGUUGUGAAUGGCCUUCCUGAUGAUGCAACUUCAACAAUCGAGGCCAAUGGACCAGCCAUCACCAUCGGUCCAAAUUUGUUAUCGUUGAACGCAGACAACAAUGUCAACCUCAAUGGCUUUGUGUUCUUGUUCAGUGAUGACAUGUGUCCGAAACUGGUCAUACCAAUCACCAAUCCAGAUCCUGUACCAGGCGAUACUACAGAUGUUAUUCCAGGACCAACUGAUACACCUCCAGUUGACGACAAUCCCGAAGAAACACCGAUCGUUCCUGCGCCUACACCUAUCCCAGACCCACCUGAGAAUCCCGAUGAACCCAUUGAUCCUCCGAACAAUAAUCCAGAAGAUCCUCCAAGUGAUGACCCCGAUCUUCCUGUCAUUCCAAUCCCUUUACCACCUCCAGUAGACCCGAUUCCGUUGCCGGAUCCUAGCCCAGUGCCAGAGCCUAUCGACCCUAUCCCAGAGCCCGAUCCAGUUGAACCUGUUCCGGAACCCAAUCCUGUCGAGCCUGUUCCGGUUCCUGACCCAGUCGAGCCUAUUCCAGAGCCUGAUCCAGUUGAUCCCAUUCCAGUUCCAGACCCAGUCAUUCCCAUUCCUAUUCCUGGACCAGUUAUCCCCAUUCCAGUACCCGAUCCUGUAAACCCUAUUCCUGUACCGGACCCUGUCAACCCCAUUCCUGUGCCAGAUCCUGAGAACCCAAUCCCGGUGCCUGACCCAGUGCCUGACCCGGUCGAACCCAUUGAUCCAACCAUCACACCUCCUCCACCACCACCUAACAACGAAGACCCCAACGAUUGCGAAACCCAGACGGCAAAUGUGUGUACACAAGGAUGUAGCUUCGGCACUAACGACCUUGGAAUUACAACAACCACUUCAUGCAAAGAUCCCACUUGCACAGCAACAACAGCUUGCGGCGUCUCCGAUUCUACCACUACCACGACCAUCGAAGCACCAGCCUGCACCCUCGACUUGACCGACGGUUUAGUACCAGGCUACCCCUUCCCCGUCGACGGCGACGGUCCGCUCCCCAGAGCCGACGCUCCAAUCAACGUGCCCGCCCCAGCUGAUCCCCAGCCCACCGACGCACCCGUUGAGCCACCUCAGGAGCCUGAACCUGAGCCUCAACCAGAGCCUCAACCUGAGCCACAGCCUGAGCCCCAGCCUGAGCCCGAACCCGAACCUCAGCCUCAGCCUCAGCCCUCACCGGCCGACCAAGUCUACCACGCAGGCAAACUCACGGCAGGCGACGGCACCGAAUCCAUUGUCAUAUACCGCAACCCCCGCGACUCGUCCCUCAACGUCUGCACCGACACUCCCUUUUACAAGGAAUCGACGCUCGUAGGGCUUUCGAAGCGCUUUGACAUUCCGGAUUCCGACUACAAGAACUGCGACUUUGUGGGUAUUGGAAGUGAUCCCUUGGGAAUCUACUGUGAGGGUAAGGAGAGGCUGCCGUGUGUGGUCACUGAGGGGUCGAGCUUGGACAUGUGUUUGGCAGGGAAUGGGGACACGUUUAGUGUUACUUGGAAGUGUAAUGAGUAG